AUAAAGCGAGCAUCUUCCUGUAUUUUCAUGAAGUGGGGGAAGACUCCUACUUCAGGUGGCCAUCCAUGCAGGCAGUAUUGUAUUUGCUUUCCUGCUUCUGAAGUCUGCCUUUCAGCUCUUGGGUUUGUUUCUAUUUUCACUGCAAAUCUUGCCAUGGAAAACGGCCUGAAGUUCCUGAAGCCAAGCUGGCACGAUGUUCCUGGUGUUACAGUGCUCCUGGAGUGUGCUACAGGGGCCCGGACUGGCUGAGGCUCACAGCCCCAACGCCCGAGAGCGAGAGGCUGCCAUGCGCCGAGCUCGCUCGGCCCGGGGCCGCUGGUAGCGGUGGCUCCGCGGACACUCGUCUAGGGUUGCUAUUCCCUGGGGAGGCCGAGGCCCCGCCGGGCGGCUACCGCAGGCGGCCGCUUUUGUAGGAAAGCCCCGGCACCUGGGCGCCCGGAGGUGACUGGCAGCGCUGAGCGGAAGAUAAAGCAGAUCCGGGGGGCGGGGCGGCCGGCAGCGCGGGCCAAUGGGAGGCAGCGGCGAGGCAGUGACGUUGCCAGGCUGCGUGCAGCAGCCGCCCGGCGGCGCGGGGAGUGCGGAAGCGGGAGCCCAGCCCAACUGUGAACCCUGCGGGCGUCGCGGGGUUGCGCCCUGACUGGGGCGUUCUCGGCCGCCCGUGCCGCCAGCAGCGCUUGUCCGCGUCUCCAGUGGGCGUGGGGCCGGCCGGUGGGUGGGGUUGGGGGCCUGGAAAGCUUCGUCUGCCGCCGGCUCUGUCAUCGGCCCCAACCCCGGCCCCUGACUUACCUCGGGCGCCGCCCGUGGGCCCUCGCCGGCCAGGCCGGGUCGUGCCCCGUGCCUACGGUCGGGCGGCGACGGAACCGCUUUGAGCCUCGCGCCGCGCCUCGUGGGAGCCCCCGCCGGUCUGGCUGCAAACGGCUCCUCUGCGGGGCUCAGGCUCCAGACAAGAAGCUCCAGCUGCUGCGCGCUCUCUCUCUCAGCUUGCUGUCACCCCGUGCAAAGGAGUGAGCUGGUGUCAGCAGAAGAGGAAGGUGUCUGAAAUAAAGUAGCAGGAGAAGGUUGCUGGGAUAAAGAAGUGAAUCCAAGGAACCCACAGGGAGUGGAGUGAACAACUGGAUUGGAGCCAUUCUCAUAAAACGCUGAUGAUGACAACAAUAUGGAAAAUAAAAAAAGUACCUUUGAGAAGAGAAACGGAGCAGCGGAAAACCUAGUACUGUCUGCUUUCAACUAUGCCUUGCAGUGUGUCCAGCAAGUCCAAGGAGACCUCUGCGCACACACCUGAAAAACCUCUGAACGUAUGCGUGAAAAUAACUGACAAAUUGAUCACUUGUCAGUCUCCCCCCGUCUCGACCUUAUCAGAUGUAAAUCAACGACCUGCCGGCCCGAUUUUUUUCUCUGUUUAUCUGCCUGACCAACGAACUCUUAUGCAGACCGACCUAUGACCUAUGAACCUUAAGCUGUAACUAACCAAGUAUCUCUGACCUCCGCUAUUCACCACCUUGACGGCGUGAGUAAAUAAUCUUGCUUUGCAACCGAUAAGCGUCCGCCUAAUUAAUUCUACUCCAAACAUCACAAGUACCUGCCUGACGGCCUUCUAAGGCCCCGGACCCUUAACUGCCCGGGUGGGAGUCAGGGAGAGCUGCUGGCCGGCUGCCCUGGGUCCUGACAUACAGAUGUUCACAUUCUGAAGGCCUGAACUGUGGAGAGUGUGCAGUGCUGACAUUGUACAGCAAGGGCUGUGUCCACAUCCCAGGGAUCUUGAUAGACUCCUGUAGUUUGCCUGGUGAUACAUGGCAGAAGUGCAUAGGGCAGCACUGAUUGGCUAAUCCAGGCUGCCUAUCAACAACCUGUGUUUCCCUGCCGCACUGUCAGGAUUGUGAAGGAGGCAUGGUCUGCUCUGUGCUGGAGCAGCAGAGUCCAGUGAGAGUCGCUGAGGGGGAGGGUGUGUGGGUGGGGCAGAGGGAAUGAUGGAGGACCGUGUUCUCUUCUGAGAGAAACCGCAGCAUGUAUAGACAUUUAUUCUCCCAGGAGAAACUUUCCUAAGACUGAUUUAACCCUGGUUGUUCCCAGGUUAUUUUUCUUCUGAAAUGGCCAUUUUUGCUGUGGUAGAAAAAGCCUGAAUGUCUGUACACUUGUUUCUUCUGGGAGAGCAGUGACUCUCCCAGGAGAAACUGAAGGUCUAUACAAGGCCUAACUAGUUAGUCUCUUAGCUGCUACCUUGCCCUGCCUUGUAACUUGCAGUAAGUGACUUCUUUUGAACUCUAAUUAAAUAAUUGCAUUUACUAGAAGUGCACUGAUAGAGAUUUUGGGGGUCCAAUAUUAAUAGCUGAUUUUUAAGGAGGCAUGUUGCCUGAUGCCCAUUCGAUUUCCGAUACAGCUGUGUGCAGCUGGUAAGUUUGUUGUGGUAAAAGGGAGUGGGGUGGGGAGGGAAGGGGCAUGGCGGGGCAUAUCAAGGCCCCCAUGGUGAGGGAGGAGUGGGGCUGGGACCAGUCUGCAAGCACUGUCCAGCUGGAGCAGGCAGGCACGAGACGGAGCUGUGGCUCGUCCGGGAUGGGGGGCGGUUCCUGCUGUUGCACACCACUUGUCCAGAAGCUGCUUGUCCGACCCUCGCUCACUCAUCCAGUGACUCCUGUCAUUUGUCCAGGAGGGCAUGGGGGGGCAUGUGCCCCUGGAUCUGUGUGGGGCAGGCUGGGUGGGCUGCAGCUGUACUCAGGGUGGGUGGCAGCGGUGCUGGGAGGGGGGCUAUGGAUGGGGCUGCAGCCACCCCAAAAUUUGUCAUAGACCCCUCCCAGCGCUGCCCCAGCCUGCAGCUGCUGCCCACCCAGCCCACCCCACCCCACCCUGCACAGAUCUGGGGGCACACAUCCCUCCCCAUGCCCUCCUGGAUGAGCAGCAGGAGCAGUGGUGGGACCCGCCAGACGAAUGGGCGAGUGCUGGAUGAAUGGCUCCCAGAUGAGCUGCACGCAACGGCAGUGUCGGGACCCAGGGCAGCCAGCCAGCAGCUCUCCCUGACUCCCACCCGGGCAGUGGUCGACAGAGGGUCGGUCCGGGGGCCUUAGAAGCCGUCAGGUGGGUAUUUGUGAUGCUUGGAGUGGAAUUAAUUAGGCGGAUGCUUAUCGGUUGCAAAGCAAGAUUAUUUACUUAUGCCGUCAAGGUGGUGAAAGACAGAGGUUAGAGAUACUUUGUUAGUUAUAGCUUAGAGUUCGUAGGUCGGUCUGCAUAAGAGUUCGGUGGUUGGGCAGAAGGUCAGGCCGGCGGGUCGUUGAUUUACGUCUGAGAUUGGGUCGAGACACGAGGGGGGGGGGGCACUGGCAAGUGAUCAAAUUGCCAGUUACUCUGACGCCUAUGGUCAGAGGUCUCCCAGGUGUGUACGGAGGUCCCCCUUCUUCUUCCUCUUUGCGGAAGUGUAUUGGGGUUUUAUUUGUGUAAUAGCCAAUUGCUUUUCGCCACGUCAUAAAUUUAAUUAGAAUCGCCAAUUAUUUAGCGGUCUUCGCUAGGGUGUUAUCAUAGGGUUACUCCCUGUAUUUUCUAACCAAUUAUAAUGAUUUAUGUACAGCACAGAAGGCUAAGUUUUAUUUUAUGUUGGUGUCGCAGUUAUAAAUUUCUUUUUGACACGCGCAGCAAAAAAACCUGUUACUGUCAUCUUGUUAGUUAACCCUUAGUUAACCUAGUGUAAAAGAAAACUGCUUUAAAUGGUAUUACUUGCUUGUGACAUGGGCACUACUUAAUUGGGUUGUGACAGGCAGGAGUCUCAGCCCCCAGAUGAGCCGCAGCUCUGUUCUGCACCUGUCCCACCCAUGCUGGGCAGCGCCUACUCCAGCCCCAGCCCCACUCCCUCCCUCACUACUGUGAGGGGCGUUGAUCUGCCCCCUCCCCCCUUGUCUUCCACCACAACAGACUUACCAGCUGCACCCAGCUUUCCACGCUGCCGGUCUGUGUUUCUCACUGCCUGCAUGCUGCACUGUGGCUGCACGCACACAUAGGUAUUUAUUGGCCACACCAGGCCAAUUUUUGACAUAGUCAAUUCUCUUUAUAUAGGUGCCGAUCCAAUACUAAACUGAUGUAUCGGUGCACCUAUAGCUUUUACCUAGACUAUCUUCCACCUCCAGCUUUUCAACCAAUAUCUUCCUUCUAAUCAAGAUACAAUCUGACAUUGUUUCCUAGUAGCUUCCUCCAUCUUCUAAAAUAAAGAGCUGUCCUUAACCCACACCUGGAGCUCAGGCAAUCUGUGUCUUUCCAUACUGCUUUUCCAAGAGAUACUGAUGUAAAUGGUCAGGUUGUAAGACUGGUUUCCAAAACAUGUUUUUCACGGACAUGCUUGUGUAUUUGUUUUCCCUGGUUUAUCAAUUAGCAAACAGCAAGUUUUUCCAGGCCCUGUGUGACUGUUGACUAUUCCAGAUAGAUGUGACCAUGUAAAGCAUUGAGGAGCUGGCAGCAGUCGCAUCUGAACACACCCCAAAGAACACAGCCAUGUCUCUCUUUUUUUUGCUGGAUGCAUUUGUGGUGGUGUUUUCCUUGUUUUCUGAGUGGACGGUGCAUCUCUCUGAGGAAGCUGCUUCCAUUUUGAAUUGAAAGAAGAAACACUUGGACUCCUCCCGGUUUGUGGAGCUACUUGCCCCUCAGGACAUCAGCGUGUUCUAUAUGCACACUGACCGGUCCUGUCUCCCACUUUGGACCAUGGAAACCCAAGCAGGACCUGAAGUGAUGCUUCUGCUGACGUAGCACAGGAGCCUUCUGAAUGAAGAUGUACGUGCAGUAAAAAGUAAAGAGCUGAGCAGUGUCAAGAAAGAGAUCAGAGAACUACAAGGACAAAUAUACAAACUGCUUCUGCAGCCAGUCCACAGCAAUGGCUCUAGUGGUUAUGGAAGUCUUGGUAGCAGUGGAUCUUACGAACACUAUAUCAGCAUAGCAUCUUCCAAUGACUCCAAUGGAAAUUGUAUAGAAGAAAUAUGAGAACCAGAUGACUCUGUAGCAUGUCUGUGCCAACAUCAAUCAAAUAAAGAAUUUGGGGCAGCAGUUGUAUAUUGAGUCCCAGAGCAAAUGGCAAAAUAGAAAAGACCAGGUCUCAGGUGCUGAACUGCUGGGAGGCAAGCAGCACACCACUUUCUAUAUUCUUCAGGCACUAAGAAAUAACAUCAGUCAACACCAAGCCAGUUCCAUCCUAUCAGCAGAUUAAUUGUGUGUGGACAGUAUCAUCAGAUAUCUAGAGAGCUGAAGUAUUCCAGCAUUAAAAAGCAUCCUGUGCAAACAUAUCCUCUUCCUCUUCAAGCAAGCCCAGCAAAGCCAGAGUGAAGUCCAGGCAUUGGAAGAAAUUAAACUCCGUGGCCAUUGAUGAUGCAUAGGUCGUGCACCCCCUGAGGUUGGCUGUGCACCCCCUGGAAGCGCCAGCCACGGAACUGGAAGUGCCGGUGGAAGUGCACUUCUGGUUUCACCGCUGGUGGUACUGGGCUCAGCAGUUGGCCAGUGGGGGACCCCCUCCUCUCCCAUCGGCGAUCUGGUGCCCUGCCCAGACUCAGGAGGCACCAGUCGCCCAUGUCCAUGGCCAACUUGAGCAGACAGUAUUCUUUAACCUCUUGCAGACUUUACCUGCUCUGCUGAUGCCCCUUGGCUUCCUUUUUCCCACUAAAAGUAAAAAUCUUCAUUUGGAUUUUAGUUCAUUCAUUUUGAAUUUUUUCUUUUUGAAAGUAUGAGAUGCAGGAGGAACUCAGACACUUACUACUUGGUGUACCUGAACUUCAAACACCUAUGGAUUUAAAUGCUUCAGUUUAGGCAUCCAAAUUCAGACAUUUUGGCCGUAUUUUAUAUGUAUUUUCUGCUCCAGCAUAAACUGUUUAAGAUGCUUGCACAGCAGGCAUGUGAAUUGUGGAAAUUGCACUAGCCGUUUGCCAAAUCCUGGUAUUAAAGGAACUGCUUAAGCUGCUUUAAGCCUGACUGAAUUUAAGCUCAGCAGCUUGCUUCUUACUCUUCAUUCUUGCUCCUCAUAUUGGUAUUUAAUGUUUUCUCCUCUUCUCCAGCUGUUUCCACUUCUUUGAGAGCAGUUCCCACCUCACUGAAAGUACCAAUUACAAAGGGAUGGGAGGUACUCCAUAAGUAACUUGCUGUGAAAAAAGUAAUGCAUCUGUACAAAGGGGACUUCAGGCAGUCACCCAUUUCAUUUCCUUGCUCGGCUAUUGAGCAAAUUUUCCUGUCAAUUUUGAUCAAAUUAUUUGGGUUACGUUAGUCACCAGUGUGCACAUAAAAUAAUAGCUUGUAUAGUUGCUGCUAAUUAGCAAAGCCAAAACAAUAAUUUGACGCUUCUGAGUCAUGAUGGCUUGCCUCUUCACUAGUUGGACAUGAGGCAGUUAAUAUACACUUAAUACUUGCAUGGCUUUUUCACCAUAGUUCUUAUGGCAGGUCACAAGAUGCUUCCGGAUAAUGACAAGUGGGGUAAGAGAACUGAGGCAUAGAGGCAAUUUGCCAAGGAUGCAUCCCUGGAAGAGCCAAGAACGAUCCAGUGUCUGGAGUCACAGUGCAGCAUGCUAUUCCUUGUGCCCUGCUUGUUAUAAAGGAGAAAAUGCUUGGUAUUACUGGGACUCAGAUAUUUAUUGUGGGUUGGAAUUUCAUAUUGAUUAAAACAUCUCUUUAGCUUUGGGGAGUCUAGUCCUUUUUGUUCUCAUGGUGUCUGCCUCUCUGAAACUUUGUCCAACAAGGUUCCUUUGCAAGUCAAAUCUUAAAUGAACCAUACAUGAGUACUGUAAAUGUGCAUGGCAUGCCACAGCCAUAAAGUUUCUUAUUUUGUGAAGCUUGCAGUCAAAGACCCCAAUUCUACAGAGACUUAGAUUCCUGAUCAGUAAUCAUGCACCUUGGUAGUCAUUGGGUGUGUCUACAUGUUCAUUAAUGCAUUUUUGGUAACGUGCAUUAAAUUUAGUACUUCCAUUGUGAGGUACUAAAAGAAGGUACAUUAGCCUACUUUAAUGCACAUUAGCGAAAAUGCAUGGCUUUUUUGUGACCCUUUAAUGCACAUUAAAAUAGGCUAAAGCACAUUAAAAUGCAUGUGUAGACAUGCCCAUUGUAUAGCAAGAAGUGACAGACGGAGUGAGCAAUAAGGUAUUAAAAAGACAAUACCCGAAGACAUGUGAUUGUGGUAUGUAGGGAAUUAUGAUAUUUGUUUACUGAUGGAGAGUGAAAUAAUUUUACCCUCAGCUACAGACAGUUGCAUUCCCUGAACUAGAGUUAGAAGAAAAAUAUGCCUGGCUCCCAUAGCAUCUGCUCAGCCCACUACCGCAUGCUGCUUUACUAUAGAAUUGACCUGCGCUGAAAACAUGUAUCAGAUCUUUCUCUCCAUCAUUUCCAGGCAUGGACAUAUUUGUGUCAGUUUAUCUUAGCUUUGUAGUUGGUCUCACUCAGGCCUUGCGCACAUAGUUUUGAUCUGAAAGGCAGGCAGAUCAUGUACAGUAGCCAAGUUCUCUUAGUUCAUUGAUGUGGCCUGAUUUUGCCUGGUGUAGUUAGAACACUACUCAGUGGGUUAGAGCUUUCCCCCAAGGAGUUGCUUUAAAAAUAAAAAAUAAAAGUGAUAUUGCUACUGGCUAAAGAUGAAAAUGUAAAGCCAGUAGUAAUGAAGAUUUUCCUGUCUGCUGCAGAGGUGUUGGCAAAUCAGACAUUCAGUGGUUGGAGGUGAUAAAACUUUACUAUGUACAGAACUGCAGAGUUGUUAGAACAAAUCAUAACCUUUAAAAUACAAAUUUUUAAAAAUUGUCUUUUUUCACAAAUCAACUGAAUAAUAUUGUGCGAGGAAUUACUUGAAGAGUGCACUUAUAGUGAUGGUGGUUUGUAAACUUUCUUACUGCAUACGAUGUUGGACGGAAUUACUUAAUAAAGAUGGUUGUGUGAUUUCA